AAGACGUUCCUACCAUAAUCUCUCAUCCUCAACCUCAGAAUCUCAAUUUUUCUAUUGAAAUAUCUGCCUCUUGGGAGAUGCCCCUCCUUCAGAUUAAACACAAAGAUCCAGCUGUCACUCUGUGACCCAUAAAUGCAGCCUGGCUACAGAGCUAAUGUCUGCAUGCCUGCUUUCCCACAAAUCAAAGAGGGAGGAGCCUUCAGGAAUGGCUUGACCAAUGAAAUCAUUCAGAUUGAAGAAGCACUACUAGAUGCAUGCGGCAGGUUCUCUGUGGAACCUAUAUAUCUAUGGUUAUACUACCUGUAUGCUAUGUUGAUGUGUGUAGGGUGUGUUAUGAGUCAUUUGGCAUAAUUACAGAAAACUAAGUGCGUGUGUGUGUGUGUUUGUGUAAAAACACUGAAUCAAUGACAUUUUAAAGAAAUCUGAAUGUACUUUCCAUAUAUUAAAGUUAUAUUACUGCCAUGACAUUCAAAUAAGAAAACAUUGAAACACAAAUUACUUUCGGAAUGUAAUAUGCUGAAGUGCUCAAAAAGACACAUUGCUUUCUUAUGGCUUGCAACCAUUUAUUCUGUGGUGAUGCUGCUAACCCUCACUGUAGAUACAGUAUCUUGCACAUGUAGUUAGAAUGUACAGUAUCCACACUGUCAUAGCUAUAGAAACUCUGUAUUAGACAUUUUAAGCUAUUCAUGAAGCUCUCUGAAGAAGUCAGUGUCCAGUGUUAUGUUAUGAUUUGGUGUGGCAGUUGGAUUUGCGUAGUUUUAAAAAGGACCAUUAUGUCCUGAACCAUUUUCAGGAAUUUUUAGCUCUGGCCAUUUACUGUAGGUUAUGCCGUCUUUAAAUAUAAACUGGUUUUAGCUGCAGUUAAUGGCCUCUGCGUAACGUGCCCAAAUCAUCCCAGCUUACCCCCAUUACUUGGGGGAACAUGUGCAUAACAUAACAUGACAUGUGCAUUUACUAAUGUUCAGAAUACAUUCAAUUUUCCGUUGAGUUGUACGAGGAGGGGGGAUUGACAAUGCCCGCUGCAUCUUAGAGUGGAUUAGUCUUUUUAACUGGAAUGAAAAAAGAGAGAACGUAAUGAAUUGAAGUGAAAUCCCCUUCCUGUUGACUUAUAAUCUGCUGCGUUGCGUGUUUAGCACUCGCAAAACGACUAGGGUCGAGGCAGUGGAGGGACAGGUCAAGAGAGCGACAUACCUCCAUCACAGGGAUUAUCGUCUUGGUCAGGUCAUGCUCUCUGUCAACAGCACAUUGCGUCCUGCUCAGAAAGGGUGAACCAGCGCCCCUAGAUCUCGCAGGAAGGCACAUCAUCUUGAUUCAGAGAUGCACCGCGCUACAUGCAUCUUUUCAAAAGUGGUGCACUGAUGACUACAGUUGACACAUUGACUGGAUUAUUAAAGUUUUUUUUUAUUCCAACCCCUGUUGUGCCGCCACAAAAUCCUGUUAGCGUUAAUUUACAGUAAACUAUGCUAUAAGUCCAGUUAAUUGACAAAGCCUGGGACACUACCCACUAAACAUCAGUGGUUAUAGGGAAUCUUAUGAUUCAUUCAGAAAUGACUUCCUGUGUGAGUACAGUGAUUUGUAUUUGUGUAUGUACUGUAUUUGCAUGGACAGAUGGAUAGACAGUCACAUAGAUGCAUAUAUACAUACAGACACAAAAUACAUUAAAAUGACAUGUACUGAAAGAGACAGAUGGUGUGAAAAGACCUGUAAUCCCUGUGCAGUUCUCCUGUUUUCCACGUUGAGAUUACCCGCUGGACCAAUCUCUGCUAAAGCCCCUCUCCUUUGAUGGGAGUGACUGGCAGUGUGGCAGCAGUGUGAGCAGGAGUGUGUGCAGGAGUGAGAGCAGGAGUGUGAGCAGGAGUGUGAGCAGCAGUGUGGCAGCAGUGUGAGCAGGAGUGUGUGCAGGAGUGAGAGCAGCAGUGUGAGCAGGAGUGUGAGUAGGUGUGUGUGUGUGAGCCGCUGCAUCGCUGUAUCACUCACCUGGCACUACAGACGCUUGCGUUCCCCCGCACGGGUCUUUGCUCGCCCCGCGUCCACUAAGGCGUAUGCUUUCUGUGUCUGGUGGAUGUGGUGCCAGUGAAAAACGAAGAUGGCGUGGUGAUAAUGUUCAUCCUCAACUUUGAGGUCAUGAAUGACGACAGAGUGCGAGACCCCAACCGAAACCUCAACCACAAGCUGCCCCUCCCCUGGCUAACCUCAGGUCGGCCUCGGGGAUUUAAGCUGCGCCUGCCUCUCCUGCGGUCUCUCAGCAACAGCAAGCAGUCCCUGCAGGAGGACCCCGAGGUGGGGCGCGUCCGGGAGCCCUCCCACCCCAGCCACGAGUCCCUGGCCCUGGACGAGCUCCUGUCGCUGCCGGAGCCGGCCCGGCCGGCGGCCCAGUGGCCCGAGGACCAGCGCACCCUGCUCCCGGACAGCGAGCCGCGCCUGGCCCUGCCGCUCACGCAGUCCUCGCCCCGCCCGCACCGGCUCAACCCCGAGGCCUCGGUGUCCAACUGCAGCCUGACGCACAGCCGCUCGCGCGAGAGCUUCCACAGCAUGCGCCGCGCGUCCUCCGUCGACGACAUCGAGGCCAUGCGGCCCGAUUGGGACAGGAAGUUCCGCACGCGGCCCGCCAGCACAGGCGCUGUGAAUCACAAGUCCAACAUUCUCAACUCUACCUCCGACUCGGACCUCAUGCGCUACCGCACCAUUAGCAAGAUCCCCCAGAUCACCCUCAACUUCGUGGACUUCAAGCCGGACCCCCUCAUCGCCCUCCCUGCCGGGGAGAUGGACAUCAUCGCUCCCUGCAAGUUGAUCGACCGCACGCACAACGUUACAGAGAAAGUCACACAGGUGCUGUCACUAGGGGCCGACGUCCUCCCAGAGUACAAGCUGCAGGCUCCCCGCAUCCACAAAUGGACGGUGCUGCACUACAGCCCCUUCAAGGCGGUGUGGGACUGGCUGAUCCUCCUGCUGGUCAUCUACACGGCCAUCUUGACCCCCUACUCCGCCGCAUUCCUCCUCAACGACCACGAGGAGGUGGCCAUGCACAACUGCAGCUACACCUGCAACACGCUCAGCGUGGUGGACCUCAUAGUGGACAUCAUGUUCAUCAUCGACAUCCUCAUCAACUUCCGCACCACCUACGUGAAUGCCAAUGAUGAGGUGGUCAGCCAUCCCUUCCGCAUUGCCGUGCACUACUUCAAGGGCUGGUUCCUCAUUGAUAUGGUGGCCGCCAUUCCCUUCGAUCUUCUCAUCUACCGUAAUGGAGAAGAGACAACUACUCUGAUUGGCCUGCUGAAGACGGCUCGCCUGCUGCGAUUGGUGCGCGUGGCGCGCAAGCUGGACCGCUACUCCGAGUACGGGGCGGCGGUGCUCUUCCUGCUCAUGUGCACCUUCGCCCUCAUCGCCCACUGGCUGGCCUGCAUCUGGUACGCCAUCGGCAACAUGGAGCGCAACGGCUCCAUCGGGUGGCUGCACUCCCUGGGGGACCAGCUGGGGAAGCCAUACAACGAGACCAUCCGGAGCUCCGGACCGUCCAUCAAGGACAAGUACGUGACGGCGCUGUACUUCACCUUCAGCAGCCUGACCAGCGUGGGCUUCGGCAACGUCUCGCCCAACACCAACUCGGAGAAGAUCUUCUCCAUCUGCGUCAUGCUCAUAGGCUCCCUGAUGUACGCCAGCAUCUUCGGAAACGUCUCCGCGAUCAUCCAGCGCCUGUACUCUGGCACCGCCCGGUACCACACCCAGAUGCUGCGGGUCCGAGAGUUCAUCCGCUUCCACCAGAUCCCCAACCCGCUCCGUCAGCGCCUGGAGGAGUACUUCCAGCACGCCUGGUCCUACACCAACGGCAUCGACAUGAACGCGGUGUUGAAGGGCUUCCCGGAGUGCCUGCAGGCGGACAUCUGCCUGCACCUGAACCGCACCCUGCUGCAGAACUGCAAGGCCUUCAAGGGCUCCACCAAGGGCUGCCUGCGCGCGCUCGCCAUGAAGUUCAAGACCACGCACGCCCCGCCCGGCGACACCCUGGUGCACGCCGGCGACGUGCUCACCGCCCUCUACUUCAUCUCCCGCGGCUCCAUCGAGAUCCUGCGCGGCGACGUGGUGGUCGCCAUCCUCGGGAAGAAUGAUAUCUUUGGUGAGCCCAUCAACUUGUACACGCGUCCAGGGAAAUCGAACGCAGACGUGAGGGCCCUCACCUACUGCGAUCUGCACAAGAUCCACCGCGAGGACGUCCUGGAAGUGCUGGACAUGUACCCCGAAUUCUCCGACCACUUCUGGAGCAACCUGGAGAUCACCUUCAACCUGCGCGAUACCAACAUGAUACCGGGUUCUCCCAGCAGCGACGGCUCCGACUGCGCCGGCUUCAACCGCCUGCGCAGACGCAAGCUGUCCUUCCGCCGCAGGACAGAGAAAGAUGACGCGCAUGCGGGAGAGAUCAGAAAGAGCCAGAAGCCCAUCCGCAAGGGGAGGAAGAGCGUCGCCGGCAACCAGGCGGAAGGCCAUAAAGCAGAGUGGGAGAGACCUCGGAGUUCGGUCUCCUCCCCCUCUCAUUCCAGCGGCGACGAGGGGGAGGAGUCUAUCCACACAUGCCCCGCCCCUCCCUCUGUUCUCACGGAACUCUUCCAGGCCCAGGCCGCGCACUUGAACUUCAGCGACACUCCGGAAGGGGAGGGGGACCCCAAGACGGGCAACACCUGCAACGCCCUGUCAGGCGCAUUUUCAGGGGUCUCCAACAUCUUCAGCUUCUGGGGAGACAGCCGCGGUCGGCAGUACCAGGAGGUGCCGCGGAGCAGCCUGCCGUCGCCCCCGCCGGUCAGCGUGCCCUUCAGCCGGAGGCAGCGCUGCGAGGUGGAGCACAGGCUGGACCUGCUGCAGAAACAGCUCAGCAGGCUGGAGACGCGCAUGUCGGCCGACAUCAGCGCCAUCAUGCAGCUGCUGCAGAGACAGAUGGCCCUGGUUCCCCCGGCCUACAGCACGGUGUCCUCCCCCCCGCACCCCUCCCCCUACCCCGAGGCCGGGGAGAGGCUGGUCCCGCCCGUCACACCGCUGGAGUCCGAGGUGCUGGCCUCGCUCUCGCAGAUCUUGGAGACCCAGGACUUUGAGGAGAUUCCCGCUAAGCCGUCCGAGUCCCUGCAGAGCAUUUCAGAGCAGCGGCCCCCGUGCUCUCUCCUGCUGGCCCACACAGACACGCCGCCCCUGGGCCCGGUAGGCCCCGAGCACCCGCCGGGGCCGGGGCCAGGACUGGGGCUAGGGCCGGGGCCGGGGCCGGGGCCAGGAACGGCCCCCCCAGACCCCGAGGCCCAGCGAAGGCUGUCGCUACCGGAGCCGCACGCACCCCUGGACUCACGGACACCACAGAGACACAGCUCAGACCCCGGGAGCUAGGGGCCCGGGGCCCGGCGCACUCCGUCUCUCUCGGCCCCGCGUCCCGCCGGGGUUCUCCCGCUGUCCUUUUGCACUGAGCAGCCGAGGGGGUGGGGGCGGGGGCGCCAGUGGCUGCAGUCAGAAACUCCUCUGACCUCUUUUCUCUUUCAGCUCCUGUAAGUCCCUGGCCCCUGGGAGUGAAUAGGGGGCCUUUGCGACAGACCUGCAGAGCUGCCAGAGACUCUGUCCCCUUUUAAUCUCCAGCUCUGUUCAGUAGAAAAACACUAACUGACCACGGGCAGAUUGAAUCCUGGGUGCAUCUAGACUCAGGAUUGUGCUGAACAUUUUGUCUGGCUGGCUGGGAGAGAGGAUCAUGAAAGUGGCAGGUUCUUUGUAGGAUUUCUUUUUUUCCCUUUACUGCGGUAUCCAUUUUGGAUCCACAUGAAAAAGAAAUACUAGUAGCCAUUAUGUCUUGCACUGAAAAGUUUCAGACGUUAUAUCUUCAAGUCCAUGGCGCUUCCAAACUGGUUGGUGAACUUUAGUGUUAGCUGGCCUAACAACACAUGUCCUGUCCUGCUAUUCGUCAACUUCCUGAAGCAUGUCACUGAGGUGGAGCUGCUCCAGGUGCG